AUGUCUCUGCGGGCACUACUCAUUGACGUGGCUGGCUGGCAACUGUCGGUGGACCCCUACGGGCGACCGGUCUACGUGCCCGUGCUGGCACCUCCCGCCACCUCCGCCGUGGGCGGUCUGAGGGGAUCCCACCACCACCCCGUCAUCGCCACGGCGCCGCCCGCGAGCCUCACCCAGCCCCUCACCCUCACCCAGCCGCCGGCCACCUCCUCUGCCGCCCUCCUCUCCUCGCUCCCGCUGCCGCCGGGCUGGGAAGAGGGCAAGACGGCGACGGGCAAGUCCUACUUCAUCGACCACAACACGCAGACCACCAGCUGGGAGGACCCCCGCCGCAGGCUCCUCUCCGCCGCCCCGCUGCUCCCCUCGUCGGGCGCCAACGCGCCGUCGGCGGCGGGCGCGGUCUUCCCGGCGGUGCUGAGCCCGAGCGUGGCGCAGACACAGCCUUCCGCCGCCGCCGUCUCCUCUCCGAUCGCGUCAUCUUCUGCGUCGCCAUCGCCGGCUUCCUCUGCACAGCAGCAGCACGCCUCCUACUCCUCGCCUCCCGUCUCCUCGUCUCCGCCCCUCUCCAUGCUGCUGGGCUCGCCCGGCCCCACCACCGCACACGCACACACCCACGCCCCGCCUCCCUCCCUCUCCUCCGGCGCCGCCGCCGCCGCACCCACCGGACGACCUGCAGGGGAGACUCGCCCGCGGGCUGGAUCCUCCGGCGCCGGCGGAGGGGCGCAGCUCGCCCGCGGCAAGCCCGUGUGGGACACGGCCAAGGAGCAGCCCAACUGCUCCCGCUGCGGUGCCGAAUUCUCGUUCUUCAAGGAGGACGACCUGCAGCUGCGCGCCAUCGGCGAACUGUACGACCUCGUGCGCACGGACAAGGCGCACGUCGAGGACGCCCUGAGCAUGGGCCUCCCCAUCACCAUCCUGCCCCUCCUGCUCAGCGAAAAGUUCCAAGCGUGCAUGCGACUGAUCGCCAAGAUGGCGGAGGACGGUCGCGCCGCCGCCGCGCUGAUCGGCGAACAGCGCACCAUGCCCGCCAUCGUCCAUGCCCUCUCCACCGGCGAAGACGACACGCGCGCCUACACGGCGUCGCUGCUGGCGCAGCUGGCCCGCCACGAGGGCGGUGCCGAGCUGGUCCUGCCGGCCAUGGCGCCCCUGGUGGCGUGCGUUCAGUCGUCCCGCUCGCAGUCCAUGCAGGAGGCGGGCCUGAGCGCCCUCCGUGCGCUGGCCGACCAGGCCGGGGCCGAGCCGCACCUCCUGCGCGCCGGCGCCGUGCCCUGCGUGGUGGGCCUCCUCUCCGCCUCGCCCGCCUUUACCGUGCUCGAAGCCGCCGCCGACACCCUCCAGCUCUGGUGUUCCCGAGGCACGUCCCGCUCUUCCUGUUCGUACGCCCUCGUUGCCCUGUCCGGCCUCGCCUCCGAGCCCAGCGGCAGCCUCGCCAUCGCCUGCGAGGGCGGCAUCGCCGCGCUCCUUCACUUCCUCCCCGCCGCCGAGGAGUGGGCGCAGGAGCGAAUCGCACGCCUCCUGAUCACGCUGGCCGCCAAUCGCGAGGCUGCGGACAUCAUCGCCCCGCAGGUGAGCGAAGGCCUACCGUCGGUGGUCGCGCUGCUGGACGGGCGCAACGCGCGCCUGGCACAGGUGGGCCUCUCCUUCCUGUCGACCGUGGUCGAGCUCCCCGGCGACCUGCGCGAGAAGUGCGCGCCGAGCGGGUUGAUCGAGGCCGCAGUGGGCCUCCUCGGCACCAAGGAGGAGCGCCUCCGCAUGCAGGCCCUCUCCUUCAUCGCCAAGAUGGCCGGACACGAGAGCAACGGGAUGGUGCUGAUCAACUGCGGUGGCGUGCGCGAGAUGGUAUCGCUCCUGGCCUGCCCGGAGCUGCCGGUGCGCACGGCCGCCAUCGGCGCUCUCGCCGCCCUCUCCGCCACCGGCAGCGAGCGCGUGGCCGCCGCAGUGGCCGCCGUCGGCGGCAUCGGCGCCCUCGUGCCCCUCCUCGCCUCGUCCCACCCACCCGGGCAGGCGUACGCGGCGUGCGGGCUGGCCAACCUGUGCGCGCACCUGAUCUGUCGCGAGGGCUUCCACCUGUCCAACGGCAUCCAGCACGUGCCCGGCCUGCUGGCGUCGGAGGCGGGCGAGGUGCGCGUGCAGGCCCUCCGGCUCCUCGUGGCCGUCGCGGGCGAGCCCAAGGUGCGGGCGCGCGCCGGCCCGUGCGUGCCGCCGCUCAUCGCGCUCCUGGCCGACACCGAGUGGAUGGCCUCCCUUGGACCCGAGCUCACCGAACAGGCCGCCCUUGCGCUGCUCCACCUCUGCGAGGACUCGCCGGCCAACCGUGCCCUGCUCCUGGUCCACAAGGGCCUCCCCUGCGCCGUGCGCCUGCUGCAGUCCUCACGCCCCGCCGUGGCCCAGGCCGCCGCCCACCUGCUGGCCCUCCUCUCGCAGGACGAGCAGGCCCGCGGCGGCAUGUCCGGUACCAGGCUGGUGGAACUGCUGCUGGGGAGCGAAGAGGCGGGCGCAGCAGCGCUCGAGGAGGACGUGUGCUGCGUGCUUUCGCGUCUGCCCCUGCAGGAGCCCGAGGCCGCGAGGCUGCUGGGCGCCGGCGGCAUUCCGACCCUCACCGCGCGCCUCUCGGCCGCCCUGCGCCCCGUCACGCGCCGCUACGCGCUCGUGGCCCUCACCAACCUCUCCCUGUUCCCGGCCACCCGCGAGGCCAUCCUCCAGGCGCCGGCGCUGCCUCACGUGCUGCCCUACCUGGCGGGCGACGAGGCCGGGCCGCGCGAGCAGGCAGUGUCGGCCCUCCUGCUCCUCUCUGACGACCCAGCCUUCGCACUCUCCCUUCACGACGCCAACGGCUUCGAGGUGGUCGUCAACCUGCUGCUGGGCCUCGGACCAGCCGACGGACGGCUGCGGGAGGAGGUCAUCGUGGUGCUGCUCCACGUCUGCGAACAGGAUCCUCCGGCGUGGGGCACGUUCGUGGAGAAGGGCGGGGUGCGCGGGCUGCUCCUCCUGGCCGCCUCCCCCAACAGCACGGCCCAGCGGCGCGCGGCCCUCGAACUGCGCGACAUGGCCUCGCGCCCGCACCUGCGGGCGGGGCUGGUGGAGGACGGCGCAGGCGAGGCGCUGGUGUCGCUGCUGUGCGCCUCGGCGGACCCGCACGCUCGCGAGGCCGCGUGUCAGGGCUUGGCCCACCUCACCCCUGUCGACCCGCGCGUGUGCGGCUUCCUCCUCGAUUUUGGGGCCUCGGCCGCCCUCAUCCUCAUGCUCCAAUCGCCCGACCCCGUGACGAGGGAGGCGGCGCUGGUGAGCUUGGCCCACCUCACGGCCUACCCGCACUCGGCGGCGACGUUGCGGGCCGAGGGCCUCCUGCCGGCCCUCCUCGCCGUCCUGGCCGCCCUGGCCGACGAACAGCGUGAGACCGAGACGUGCGGUGGCGCCGCGCUCGGUCACGCCUCCGGCGCCCUCCGCAAUUUCCUGGCGGCCGACCCCGCCGAACACAUCGCCGACUUCCUGGCCCUCUCCGCCUCGCCCGCGCCCGUCGCCCUCCUGAUAGACCUCCUUGCCCUCGUCACCACCUCGUCCCCCGCUGAUGCCGCCGCCGGCGGCGAUGGAACGCCAGCGAACGAGGAGAGCCGGGAGGCGGCGGCAGCGGUGGAGGUGGCCCUGGCCGAGUGCCUGGAUCGGGUGUGCGCCCACGGCGCGGGCCGAGCGGCGGUCCUCGACCUGCCGGAGGCGCAGCAGCUGCCGCGGGUGCUGGUGGCACUGCUCGGCUCCCGCGAGACCGGCGCCCAGUCGAGCGCGCUCUCCGCCGCCGAGUACCUCUCGCGCGAGGCGCCCUUCCGCUUCGCAUUCCACUCCUCCCCUGGCGUGGCGGAGGCGCUGGUGGGCCACGCGAUGACCGAUCUCCGGUCGGUGCGGACCCUCGCGCGGGUGGCGGCGUCGGGACGGGCCAAUCGGCAGGCCAUCGUCGCCGCCGGGGGCCUCGAAGUGUUCGUCGCCCUCCUCGCGCGCGAUGAUGACGCCUCCCCCUCGUCCCUCGCCGAAGAAGCCCAGGAGCUGGUGGCCCGCCUGCUGGCCAGCAUUGCGGCCGAUGCCCUGCACCGGGCGCCUCUCUGCACCGCCGCCGGCGUGCCGGCGCUCCUCCGCUGCCUUGGCGUCACGUCGCGGCCGCCCACCGUCAUGCUCCACUCCGCCACGGCCCUCGCACACCUCGCCCUCUCGCGCGAGGGAAGCGAGGCGAUCGGUGCGGCGGGCGGCGUGGAGGUGGUGCUGGGCUUGCUGCGGGAGCCAUGUCCCGACGACGCCGCGUGUGCCCUUCUCACCGCCCUCUCCCACCUCCUGCCCCACGACGAGCGGGAGAAGGAGUUCGUGGAGGCCGGGGGUCCGGCCGUGCUGGUCUCGCUGCUCCGUACGGCUGGCCGGGGCGAGCCCUUGGCCCGCGCGCUCGACCUCCUUGUCGACAUCACCGCCUGUGCGGGGGACAAGGCCGUGGGGCAGAGCCUCCGACGAGAAGGCGCCGUGGCGGCCCUGGCGGCUCUCCUGGAGGCCGAUCAUCACCAGCCCGGCGAUCGCAGCAGCCGUCUCGCCGCCGCCGCCGACGACGACGAGGCCCAGCUGAUGGCUCCCGCCCUCCACGCCCUCUACCACCUCGCUCUCUCCGAUGACGGCAGGGAGGAGGUGGAGCAGGCAGCGGGUCGGCACCUGCACGCCCUGCUGGGCGCCCAGCAGCCGCAGCAGCAGCGGACACGAGGGAGGCGCGGCGGAGAGGAGGCGGCGAGUGGACCAGCAGCAGCAGCAGCAGCAGGAGGAGGAGCGGCGGUGGUGCGGCGGGCGGCCCUGCGGUUGGCCUACGCGCUGGGCCUCUCCCUCUCCGUGCACACCUACACCCCGGCCGACCUUGGAUCAUAG